AGCUACGGCCUAUUUUACAUCAAACUUAUCGUAACAAUGGAUAAAGACUUUGAAACUGAGAUGAAAGUCUGUCGCGUGGGAUUAACGAUUUUUGGACUAUGGCCUUGCUUGAAUAAGAACGCGAAUUGGCAAAGUGCUCUACGUUUCACCAUCCUCAUGAUUUCGGUACUCGGUUUCGGCAAUAUACCGCAAACGUUCAAGUUAAUUGAAUCGAUAAAAGAUUUCGACAAAGCAAUCGAAAUUUUAUCAAAUUGUGAUAUGGCGCAUCUGCUAGUGGCGAUAAAGUCGCUGAAUUUCUGGUACCACCGCAAAGAUCUAGAUGUGCUUGUCAACGCGAUGAUCGAAGACUGGAAAAUGACGAAGAAUCACACGGAGAAGUUGAUCAUGCGUAGGAACGCGAAGAUAAGCUAUUUGGUUUCGGUUAUUAUAUUCUGGAUUGUCGAAUCAGCGGUUGCGACGUUUUUCGCACUGAACUGUUACAACCGAAUCAAAGAGUCGCAAGCCUUCAGAAUGGGCAAAGUGAAUGCAAGCGAACGCAUUCGUCCGAUGUACAUGCUUUCGAAAUUCCCUUACGAUGUGCAGAAAAGCCCGUAUUACGAAAUCACGUGGAUCGGCCAGUUUUUGUCGACGUUGAAUGCCGCUACAGUUUUCGGCGCGAUCGAUGGCUUUUUCGUGGCAAUCAUUUUUCACCUCUGUGCCCAGAUGGAGAUUCUUCGAGAGCGAUUCAAACAGCUAUUGGCCAGGGCUGCCCUCAACGAAAACAAGAAUGAGCAUUUAAAUCUUUCGCCGAUUAUCGAGAGACACAUGUACUUACUAAAAAUCGGAGAUAUUAUCGGAAAUGCCUUUAGCAUGCAAUUGCUUAUGCAAUUAUUGACAUCGCUUGUGAUAUUUUGCCUCACAGAAUAUCAGAUCGUAAGGAUAAUCACCAAAGAUGUGAUAGACGUAUUAGAACUUGUCUUUGCGACGUACUACUACACGACCUUUCUGAUGAGUCUUUUUGCGUAUUGCGUGAUCGCAGUGAUGCUGAGCACGGAGAGUACAAAGUUAAAGGAGACGGCUUACAAUAGCGAUUGGUAUCGGUUGUCUCCGUCGGACAUGAAGCUGUUGAUUAUUAUCAUGCUUCGGGCAGAUCGACCGGUCGAACUGACUGCGGGCAAAUUUGUGCCUCUUUCUAUGGAUCUCUAUUGCAGCAUUCUGAAGACUUCUGGAGGAUACUUAUCAAUGUUAUUAGCAGUGAAGAACAGUGAUCGUGAGGAUCAUCAGGAACUGUGAAAUUUUACGACGAAGCAAAUGGUUGGUAGACAUUUAUGCAUGAAGAAUAACAAGAAACACAGAAAAAUACAGUUACAAAAAGCAUAUUUGAUGUUAUUUUCAACGUAUCCAAAGCCAAAAGUCUUUGUACUGAUUAGUAGAUUGAUAGAGAAAUAGAGAAAACAUGGAUGCA